AUGACUUUACUUGUGUUCAUCUUCCUGCUCACCUUCCUCCCAGCUGAAUCUGCAAGCAGCAGAUACCUCCCCAAGGCAGCAAUCUCAAGCCCUGUGUUCGGACCACGGCAGGUUUAUGGUCUGCUCAAUGGUUCAGUGACCGUAAAAUGCUUCUACCCUCCCACCCGUGUGAAUAGACACGACAGAAAAUAUUGGUGCAGGGAAUCAUCCAUGGGCUGCACGACCAUCGUCUCCACCAGCGGGUACACUGCUUCAGGCUUCCGGGGCAGGAUCUCCAUCACUGACUACCCACAGGCAGAACACUUCCAGAUUAACAUCUCGGAGCUUACAAUAGCAGAUACAGGCACCUACCAGUGUGGUGUUGGUAUCAAUGGCAGAGGGCUCUCCCACAAAGUCAAUCUGGAUGUUUCUGAAGGUCCACACAUACCUGAGGGAGCUGAGCUCUUCUACGUGAAGCUGCACAGCACUUUGACCAUGUCCUGCAGCUUUGGGAAGGAGUAUGUGAGCGUGAGGAAAUAUCUCUGCAAGAUGGAGAAAAACGGCUGCCGUAACAUCAUCGAUAGCACUGGGAAAGUGGACGAGGAUUACACAGGGCGAGUUCUGCUGAGCAAUGAGGAGCUGCCAGGCUCGUUCAGCAUCGUGAUAACUCAGAUGGGCUGGGAAGACUCUGGCUUGUACCUGUGCGGGGCUGGAUCCUACGGGGAGAAUGGAGAAACGAAGGAACUGGAUGUGCAUGUCUAUGAGGAGACAAGCGUCCCUCAAGGAAAAACCACAAUAAUUGGAGUAAAAGAAAGUUCAGCAACUUUUGAAUGUCGCUAUGAGCCUCUAAGAAAGUCCUCAGUGAAGUACUGGUGCAAGUGGAGGCAGAAUGGGUGUGCUCGGAUCAUAGACAACUCCGGGUUUGUGUCACCUUUGUACGAGGGAAGAGUGGCCAUGUAUGACAGCCCAGGUAACCAAACGGUCACCAUCGUCCUGAACCAGCUGAAGAACAGUGACAACGGCUAUUACUGGUGCAUGACAGAUGAGGUGAAGGAGCAGCAAUCAUCAACUGAGCUGAAGAUCAUAGAUGGAGAACCUGGACUGACAGGAAAGAAGGAAGUGGAGGUGCAAGAGCGUUCACGGGUCGAUUUAAGUUGCUCUUAUCCGUGCAAGUACUACUCCUACGAGAAGUACUGGUGCAAGUGGAGCAACACUGGCUGCAGCCCCAUGCUUGCUUCUGACCAAAGGCAGCCAGGGCCGGAUGUUACCUGUGACAAUGACAACAAGACAGUUAUCCUGAGCUUUGACUCGGUGACAAAGGCAGACCAAGGGUGGUACUGGUGUGGAGUGAAGCGCAACGGCCUCUUUGGGGAAACCAUGGCAGUGUACCUGUCCGUGACUGAUGGUGAGCUCCAAGACAAAGGUAGACAAGGACUUUCCUGUUCCUCAGGGCUGGGAAUCACGCUGCCUUCUGCGGAAAGUCCUCUCCAUAGCCACUAGGUUGCAGCACCUCAAAACAGAAGUGCUCCCAUCCAGGCAAUACACCCAACUGGUUUGUGUGUUGCUGCUCAUGCUACUAACCACCCUUCUUCCCCAGGAGGUACAGGAAGUGAUGCUGACCACAGCCCAGACCUUCUGGAUGUUGAUUCCCCCAGCAACACCGAGCCCCCCAGCCACGCCGAGGGUGGCUUUGUUCCCCGAGGAAGAGCCUCUGGUGAUGCUGGAGUGCAAAGCGCUGCUGCCUCAGAAAGCUCUAAGCAAAGCAAUGGCCCCGACACAACUGCUAUAGUCCUGAGCUCUGUUGGUGCCGUGGUCCUGGUCCUCGUGACAGCUUUUGCCAUUUUUAAAUACAGGCAUCUGAAGAGAUCUGACCUGGUGUCCGUCGGGAGCUACAGGACGAACAUCAGCAUGUCAGACUUUGAAAGCGUGAAGGAGUACGGGGCGAGCAAUAACGCCUGCGUGAAGGAGAGCCAGGAGACCCAGCUGGGAGGGGAUGAGUUCAUCACCACCGCGGCCACCCCGCAAAGUGCCACAGAGACAAAGGCAGCAAAAAGGAGCUCCAAGGAGGACGCUGACCUGGCCUACUCCACCUUCCUCCUCACCUCCAGCAGCAUCGUGCAGGGCGGCUCUGGGGGGGACAGCGCUGCCCCAGACACAUCCCCCCCAAACUGGGAGGGACAGGUCUGA